UAGAAGGAGCGGCCGCUGUUCAAUACUUUCUGCUAUCUCUGCCGGCUUAACGAAAAUUUGUCUAAGAGAAAGGAAAUCCCAGGCCCAAAAUACCAGAUCAUCAUCAUCAUCAUAAAAGGGAAGAUAAGAGUCAGUGAGCCAGAUUUCUGUUACAAAGGAAGCUACAGAACUACAGAAGCAGAUUAUUGUACAAGGGAACGGUGCAGUCUCCACCUGCCCAUCUGAUCCACAAGAACAAGAAAUGGCAGAUGAGCCUGUCAUGGGAACUGCUCCUAAAAGUGUCUCAUUAUUUGAGAACGUCGGACAAACGGUGGAAGAAUGCGAGGACAAGAUCCAAAGAAGCCUCCGAACUCCAACGGUGAAAUUUCUGAAAGAGCAUCUGGAGAAGGCUGGAUGUAUUCUUGGAGACAAGUUCAUUAAGGCUGUCCACUGUGAUAAACAGAUGGCUGGUGGUUAUGUCCGUGGAGAAGGAAUAUUGGUUUGUAGUAACCACUUGACCAUCCAAGAUGAGGUGAAUCAAGUAGUUAUCCAUGAGCUGAUCCAUGCAUAUGACGAUUGUCGAGCUGCAAACUUGGACUGGGCAAAUUGUGCUCAUCAUGCUUGCAGUGAGAUUCGUGCGGGCCAUCUAAGUGGUGAUUGUCACUACAAACGUGAACUGCUGCGGGGUUUUAUGAAAUUAAGGGGUCAUGAGCAAGAAUGUAUAAGAAGAAGAGUUAUGAAGUCACUGAGAGCUAAUCCAUACUGCUCGGAAGCAGCUGCAAAGGAUGCCAUGGAAGCUGUCUGGGAUGUUUGUUACAAUGAUACAAAGCCCUUUGAUAGAGCACCGUGACAACAUGGUCGUUGCUUCUCCUCGAUCACUGCCAUGCUAAGCUUCAUCUCCAUUGCAGACUCCACCCCCACCCCUACCCCUACCCCCCCCC